AUGUCAAAACCAGAAUUGGCCACGGCUCGCUUGGAAGAGUGGCUUACAGCAAAGGGUAAGACACCGCACACGGUCAAAAGAAAUGUUCGGAGAGAAACAUUUGAUGUUGUCAGACUCAGUCCAGAACUAGAGCAAUGUGUUCAAGUGGAUGAGGAUGCCCGUUUGGAAAGAAGUGAAGUGGACGUGAAUUGCGCCCUCGAUGAAUGCCUUCAAAGCUGUCUUGGUUUCAUGAAUGAGAUAAAGAAUGAAAGCAAAGUUGGUGAUUGGCUAGAAGAGCUACAUGAACGCUGCCCUCAAGUAAGAAGUAGAGCUUUGUUUUGGGUUUGUCGCGCUAAAGUCGCUGAGAGGGCUGGUUUUGGUCAAGAGCAUGUCCUCGCUUUGUAUGAACAAGCAAUUGACCACAAAGCAAAGCCCACUGACAUUUUGAAAUCAGCGUUACAAGAUUUCACAAUCAGAUACUCACAAAGAAUGGACACUACACCCUGUGCAACUCCAAAACUACUUCUAGGCACACCUGGGCCAGUGUCGUCAAGCACCCUAAAAUACUGCACCACCCCCAAGGUGGAGGAGGGUACAUCAUCUGUGGUCCGUUACUCUCUCGUUAAAUCCACGCCCAUUGUAAACCGAUUGAACAAAAGCAUGGAUGGCAGUUCUCAACGGUUUUUAGUGACGCCUGUCAGACGUUCCAUACGGCUUGAGAAGAUCGCUGGUAGAGGUCAUAGUACUAGUCGAGGGAUUAACCGAUGCAUUUCCUCCCUACAAGAUCUACCAGCAGAUAUGGAAAGUCUGGUAAUGAAGCCUAAUAGAGCUUUAGAGGAGGAAUUCAUGGGCACAAUAGAUGAAUAAGAUGAGAUUUUAUUAUUUUUAUUUUGUUUUUCAUUAUUUGAUCAAACAAUAGCUGAUAAGUGUGCCUACCUUCAAUACAAAUUUGUUCAUACAAAUCAUAUAUCUUUCAAUAUCUGAAAAUCAUCAAUUAAUGCUCUACUUCAUCAGAUAAAAUCUGACAAAAAUAUAAUUUAUACAUUCUAGUUUGAUAACAUUAUUGGUCCUUCAAUUUCAUAAAAGUGGCACACACCAUUUACAAAAUCAACAUGUAAAAUACAACACACACGUAUAUAAACUAGGAUAUUGAAUUAUUAAGAUUUAAAAUUUUAAUCAAAUACAGUAAUUUACUUUGGCUAUUACAAAUUUAUGCUAUAGAAUAUUUGUUAAUAUUGAAAAAAAAACCCAUGUUUGUUUACAUUGUUUCUAAUGUAUAAAAUUAUGGAAACAAUUUUUAAAUAUAUUGCCAUAUACUGUAGUAACUUGAGGGGACUCUAAUCACUUAGCUAAUCAAAUAACCCUAACUUUUGUCAUUAAUUAAUGAAUGCUUAAAGCCUCAUUCCCGGCAGAAUUUCACUAAAAAUGCAUAUGCAUUACU